AUGCCUGUGCAACCAGAAGAGGCGAUUCCUCUUCAUACUCUCUUUUGUGUCCUAUUAUCAUGCUAUGACGUGAUGGCUCACAAACAGCUGCAAUGCAUUCUGGGAAGUAAGGCUCCCACAGCUCAUCUGUGGAGCUUAUCUGUCCUCUCAAGGUUGUUUUGUGAAAAUCUGCUGAUAAAGACAUUAAGUCACAGUGUGAAUUCCCACGCACUCCUCGGACAUCUCAACUCCAGAAACAUCAUCAUUCUUGUUGACCAGGUCUAAAAGAGAAGACAAAUAUGCCAGCAAGCACUGAGGGUAAUGGCUGGAGCCACGUGGAGACGGUUCAAUUGAAUGGUUCAAAAGAAGAUCUUCCUGAAACAGACAGCUUUGUCCAGCAAGCCAUGACCCUCAUCAUGGAUGAAGUGGUGAGGAAGGCCGGCCAUGUCAGUGGAAAGGUGUGUGAGUGGCGUUCCCCGGAGGACCUGACGAAGCUGUUAGACCUGGAGCUGGGUGAGGCGGGCGAGGCGCCGGCCCAGACCCUGCAACACUGUCGGGACGCCAUCCACUACAGCGUCAAGACCAACCAUCCUCAUUUCUUUAACCAGCUGUAUGUGGGGCUGGACCACUAUGCCAUGGUGGGAUCCUUUGUCACCGACGCAACCCAACCCAGUCUGUACACCUAUGAGAUGGCACCAGUCCAUUGUUUGAUAGAGAAGGUUGUGCUGGAAAAGAUGAUGGAGAUGAUAGGCUGGGUAGAGGGAGGCGAUGGCAUCUUCAACCCAGGUGGAUCCAUGUCCAAUAUGUACGCCAUGAACCUUGCCAGGUUCCAGCGCUUCCCCGAGGUCAAAGAGCAGGGCCUCUCGGCCUGUCCACGCCUCGUUCUGUUUACAUCCGAGGAAUGUCAUUAUUCGGUUGCCAAGGCAGCAGCCUUCCUUGGAAUCGGCACGAAGAACGUUUAUGUGGUGCCAGCUGACCAAAGCGGGAAAAUGAUUCCAAAGGAGCUGGAGAAGCAGAUCCGUACGGCCAUAAGUGAGGGAGCGGUACCCUUCAUGGUCAGUGCGACAGCUGGAACAACGGUAUUGGGAUCCUUCGACCCAAUAGAGGAGCUAGCAGACGUCUGUGAAGAGCACAACCUGUGGCUGCAUGUGGAUGCCUGCUGGGGAGGGGCAGCCCUGCUGUCCAACAAACACAAACACCUGCUGAAGGGCGUCCAAAGGGCUCACUCUGUGGCGUGGAACCCCCACAAGAUGCUGAUGGCGGGCCAGCAGUGCAGUGCCUUCCUGGUCCGGGAUAAAACGGGCCUUCUGCAACGCUGCCACUCUGCCUGCGCCUCCUAUCUCUUCCAGAAGGACAAGUUCUACGACAUCAGCUGUGACACCGGUGACAAGAGCAUCCAGUGCGGCCGCAAAGCAGACGCGUUCCGCUUCUGGCUGAUGUGGAAGGCCCUGGGGACCAGAGAGCUGGAGCGCAGGGUGGACCAUGCCCUGGAGAUGGCCAGAUAUCUCACAGAGGGUAUCAAAAAGAGGGAUGGCUUUCGUCUCUUGAUGGAGCCAGAAUAUACAAAUGUUUGCUUUUGGUAUAUCCCACCAAGUAUGAGGAAAAUUCCAGAUAGCCCUGAGUUCUGGCAAAAGGUUGAAGCUGUGGCGCCAAAGAUCAAGGAGCGCAUGAUGAAGACGGGCAGCAUGAUGGUGGGCUACCAGUCCCAUGGAAUCAAUGCCAACUUCUUCAGGAUGAUCAUCAUCAGCCCCUGGGUCAGCACCAAGGACAUGGACUUUGUCCUGGAUGAAAUUCAUCGCCUGGGGGCGGACCUGUAACAACCCACGCUUUUUCUGACCCCGCUCUUGUGGGCGGGGUCAGAAAAACGUCUUCCAAACUGUAGAAAUGUAGAAAGACCCGACCGAUGCCGCAUCUAAAUAUCUUCGCAAGUGCGAAGAUACUUCUUUAUAAAGGAUAUAGAGUUUGUAGUGUUAGUUUUUAUUUCUAUGUCAAUGUUAGUACAACAAUUUAUUUCAAAGAUGCUAAAUAAUGGGGAAUCGGGUUAGAUAACUUGUGAUCAAUAUCUACGGAUAUUUGUGGGGACGCAAGCAGUAUAGAUCCUAGGGUGACCUUGGUACAUUUUUCACAAUCAUUCUUUUCAUUCUCUUUUAUUUAGUUUCAACCAUACAAUUUAUUUGUACACUUGUACACACCUCCAUGUCAGUUCUCAUGCGUGACGUGUUUGCUAUGAACCACGUCCGUCUUUAGUCAAAGAUUUUAAGUAAUUUAAAAUUAGUCAUUAAGUAUGUUUACAAUUGUUAAGGCAAUGUAAGGCAAGGCAACUUUAUUAAUACAGCACUUUUCAUACAAGAGGCAGAUUCAGAGUGCAGUUUAGGUUAAUCACAGCCACGAAGAGAUAUAAUGUUCAACAAACCAUUUAAUUUCAUGUGUCAAAUGUUUACUUUAUUUUUAUGUUUCUUCUUUAUUUUUAACUUGAAAACCAAUGAAGUAGGGAGGGCUGUUUUGGCUUGUUCCCCAAUUCAACUAAGCCAUUCCGGGAAGAUACACAAGACAUUGCUAACCCAAUGCAUUUAUAUUGUGUGGGUUACUCAAUGUUUGAAGAUUGUUGAUAGAUGAUACAGCGAUGAUAAUCUAUAACAGAUGAUUGAGUUUUUGAGGCGAGGUGUACAAAAAUGCUAAAUUUAAGUCCCAAGUCAACACGAAUGGAAAUAUAAAAAAAUGUGUGUCGGUCUAAACGAAUUUGCUUACUUGCUGUAAAUUACAAAACAAAAUCAUAUCGAUCAUCAAAAAGUCCUGAUGGCAGUUUCACCUUCCUGGUCUUUCUCUCUGCGCAUCUGUUUCUAAGUAGAAAGAGACACUGACGCCUUCAUGUUUAGAAGCUAAAUUCACCUGCAAGAUGCACAGUUCAACAAUUAGCUACUUUUUUGAUUUUUGAUUGUAAUUAUAUUGAAUUAAUUUUUUUCUUGGAAUAAACUGAUCCUGGGAAGUCUAUUGUCUACCUGCAAAGUAGAGAAAAAUAACUAAGAAUAUUAAAACAAAUAAAUAGACUUAUCUGUAA